CAGCAGAUGAACAGCAGAACAGAAUGUUGGAUUUUAUAUUGUGUUUUUAUUACAAAUAAUGUAAUAAAUUAAUAAAUAACAUUGUUAUUAUUAUUAUGAUUUAUAAUAAUAAUAAUAAUAAUAAUAAUAAUGAUAAUUGGUUAUGAUUAUAUAAAUCCACUGAAUAGCACCCAAAGCCUGGCCGAAUCCUAAACCUCUCCCUCCUCCCUUCUUAGGUGCACUACUCUCCUGUUUUGGAGUAAUGAUUGGCACGCGCUACGCAGUGCACUAUUUGUGCCGCUCAUCCCCGUUUGGAAUACGGCCCUGGUUUUCCUCCCUACUCUGAUUUAUUUCUGCAUAAUUCCUGUGGGUCUGUACUUUUUAUUCCUGAGGCGCUUUUCCAAAUCGUUUAUUUCGGAUUUUUAGAAACGAAUCAUGACUAUGAUAAUUAAAAAAUACAAUAAUUCAUUAAUAUUAUGAAAAAAACAAAAAGAAACAAAACCGAGUGAUUUCAAACCCACUCACGAAGCGGAAGAUGGCGGUCGGGAUGCUGACCGAGGCUGGACUCCGAGGCUGCGUCCCAAACGCCUUGCUAUGGGCUACACAAGUGCCCUAUUUAACCCCCGCCGUGCGGUGGUGUCCCACCCUAUCUAGGGUUGCUCUAGAGGGCAUCCUGAGUGGGAUUGGGAUGCAGCCCUGUGGAGCGGGUCUUCCCAGCCCGAGCUCCAGGUUUGGGGGAGAACGCAGAGGAUCAUGUCGGAGUUUUGAUGAGUUCUUCUCCGGGAGCGGCGGCGAUGGGAGGAUUGAACCGCGGUUUCAAAGCCUUUCUUGCCUUCAGACGUGGUCCUUUGUGCUCCCGGAGAUAUCUAGAAGACUUUUUCUUCUUUGCCUUGUUCCUGAGACUCGCCUCACAGCUAGUUCUCCUCCUGUAGGUCACUGAGGCGCACCAAAGUGGAUGAAAAUGUCGGAUACGAAGGUAAAAGUGGCGGUCCGAGUCCGGCCCAUGAACCGCAGGGAGAUCGAGCUGAGCACCAAAUGUGUGGUGGAAAUGGAGGAGAACCAGACCAUCCUGCACCCUCCACCUUCCAAUAAGGGAGAAAACAGGAAACAAUCCAAGGUGUUUGCCUUCGACCACUGUUUCUGGUCCAUAGAUGAGUCCAACAUCCCCAAAUAUGCAGGUCAGGAGGUGGUUUUCAGGUGUUUGGGUGAGGGGAUCCUGGAAAACGCCUUUCAGGGAUACAACGCCUGCAUAUUUGCUUACGGACAAACAGGCUCGGGGAAGUCGUACUCCAUGAUGGGAAGUGGGGAUCAGCCUGGGUUAAUCCCACGACUCUGCUGCUCGCUGUUUGAGAGAGUCAGCCGCGAGCAGAGCAACUCAAACACCUUUAAAGUGGAAGUUUCCUACAUGGAGAUCUACAACGAGAAGGUCAGGGAUCUCCUCGAUCCCAAAGGGAGUCGUCAGUCUCUGAAGGUGAGGGAACACAAGGUUUUGGGUCCAUAUGUAGACGGUUUGUCUCAGCUGGCUGUGAUGAGCUUCCAGGAUAUUGAGUGUGUGAUGUCAGAAGGGAAUAAAUCUCGCACGGUCGCUGCUACAAACAUGAACGAGGAGAGCAGCAGAUCACACGCCGUCUUCAACAUCAUCAUCACACAGACUCUCUACGACCUGCAGUCUGGGAACUCAGGUGAGAAGGUCAGUAAGGUGAGUCUGGUGGAUUUGGCAGGAAGUGAGCGAGUGUCUAAAACUGGAGCAGCUGGAGAGAGACUGAAAGAGGGCAGCAACAUCAACAGAUCUCUGACCACUCUGGGGUGUGUGAUCUCGGCUCUGGCGGAUCAGUCGGCAGGAAAAGGCAAAACUAAGUUUGUUCCAUACAGAGACUCAGUGCUCACCUGGCUGCUGAAGGAUAAUCUGGGUGGGAACAGUAAGACGGCUAUGAUCGCCACGGUAAGUCCGGCGGCUGAUAACUACGAGGAGACGCUUUCCACACUGCGAUACGCUGACCGCGCCAAGAGAAUCAUCAACCAUGCCGUGGUCAACGAGGACCCCAACGCUCGCAUCAUCAGGGAACUGCGAGAAGAAGUCGAGAAGCUGAGGGUGCAGCUCACACAGGCCGAGUCUCUAAAAGCCCCAGAGCUGCAGGAGAAGCUACAGGAGUCGGAGAAGCUAAUCCAAGAGAUGACCGUCACCUGGGAGGAGAAACUCAGGAAGACCGAGGAGAUCGCACAGGAGAGACAGAAGCAGCUAGAGAGUAUGGGAAUCUCUCUGGAGUCCUCAGGGAUUAAGGUUGGAGAAGAUAAAUGUUUCCUGGUCAACCUGAACGCUGACCCUGCCCUCAACGAGCUCCUCGUUUACUAUCUCAAGGAGCACACACGUGUAGGAGCAGACACGUCUCAGGACAUCCAGCUGUUCGGUAUUGGGAUUCAGCCAGAGCACUGCGUCAUCGAUAUCGCUGUUGACGGUGACAUCACACUCUGUCCCAUAGAGAAUGCCAGAACGUGUGUGAAUGGGACCACAGUUUACUCCAGCGUACACCUGUGGCAUGGAGAUCGCAUCUUAUGGGGCAAUAAUCACUUCUUCAGAGCGAACCUGCCGAAGCGUAAGCGGCGUGACCGUUUGAAGGAUCUGGAGCGCGAGUCUCCGCGCUCGAGUUUUGUAGACGUGGAUGUGGAGACGGCGAGUGAGGCUUCGUCUGAGCAGGACUACAGCUACGAGUUCGCUCAGAUGGAGGUCAUGAUGAAAACGCUGGGGGGUAACGAUCCGAUCCAGAACGUGGUCCAGGUGCUGGAGAAGCAGUACUUGGAAGAGAAGCGCUCGGCGUUAGAGGAGCAGCGUCUGCGUUAUGAGAGAGAGCUGGAGCUCCUCCGACAGCAGCUUUCCCCCGAGAGAUCUUCUCAGCACCACCAGCGCAGCAACAGCGACCGUCUGACCUUCCCCACACACACCACACACUCCAAGAUGGGCCUGUGGACCGAGGAGAGAGACGAGAUGUUCCGGCAGAGUUUGUCUCGGCUGCGAGAGCAGGUGGUCCGUGCCAACACGCUUGUGCGAGAGGCCAACUUCCUGUCGGAGGAGAUGGUGAAACACACCGACUACAAGGUCACUCUGCAGAUCCCUGCCUCACACCUGAGCGCCAAUCGCAAGCAAGGAGCAAUCGUGAGCGAGCCAGCUAUCCAGGUGCGUCGCAAAGGCAAAGGCACGCAGGUCUGGACCAUCGAGAAGCUGGAGAACAAGCUGGUAGACAUGAGGGACCAUUACAGGGAGUGGAAGGAAGGAGGACGGAACACGCCGACGAAGCCGCACAGCAAGCAGGCCGACCCGUUCUACGAAGCUCAGGAGAACCACAACCUGAUCGGCGUCGCCAAUGUUUUCUUAGAGGUCCUCUUCCACGAUGUGAAACUUCAGUAUGCAGUUCCCAUCAUCAGCCAGCAGGGGGAGGUAGUGGGCCGGCUGCAUGUAGAGCUGACGCGAGUGUGUGGGGCGGUGCCCGAGCGGCUGGUGGGCGGAGACGACUCGUCUGAGAACUCAAGUGAGAGCAGCAGCUACGAGGUGAUGGACACCAAUGGCGAGAUUGUCCACAUGGCCAAGAAACUCACCUGCAGGGUUCGGAUUCGUAAAGCGAUGGGUUUGCCGCUCAACCUUUCUAACUUCGUUUUCUGUCAGUACACGUUCUGGGAGCAGGCGGAGCCUACAGUGGCCCCGCCCAUGGUCAGCCCAGACACACCCACUUCCUGUACUGGGGAUGCACAAUUUACUAUAUGUUUCGAUCACUGCAAGGACUACGUGGUUCAUGUCUCCGAUGAGUUUGUGGAGUUCAUAUCAGACGGAGCUCUGGCCAUUGAGGUGUGGGGACAUCGUUGUGCCGGGAACGGACACGCCCAAUGGGAACUGAACACACUACAGGCCAAGACACGCACACUCCGGGACAGAUGGAGUGAGGUGUCGCGCAGGAUCGAGUUAUGGGUCUCCAUACAGGAGCUGAAUGAGCUGGGUGUGUAUUCAGCUGUGGAGCUUCAUCCCAACCGAGACAUCAGCACCGGUGGUGUGUUCCAGCUGAGACAGGGUCACUCGAGGAGGCUGCAGGUGUGUGUGAAGCAGGUGCAGCACUCGGGGACAUUGCCACUGUUGGUGGAAGCCGUCCUGUCUGUUUCUAUCGGCUGUGUGUCCGCUCGAUCCGCAAAACUCCAGAGAGCCCUCGACAGCUACCAGCAGAGUGAGGAGGAUGACGAUAUGGAUAGUUAUCAGGAAGAGGAUCUGAACUCUGUGCGUGAGCGUUGGUCUGAGGCGCUCAUUAAACGUCGCGAGUACCUGGACGAACAGUUAAAAAAGAUCAUGAACAAAUCAGAGAAGUCUGAGGAGGAUGUGGAGAGGGAGGCACGGUUAGUGGAGCAGUGGGUGGGGUUAACUGAAGAGCGAAACACUGUGUUGGUCCCAGCACCUGGUAGUGGCAUCCCUGGAGCUCCUGCUCAGUGGGUGCCUCCUGCAGGCAUGGAGGCUCAUGUCCCUGUAUUGUUUCUGGACCUGAAUGCUGAUAAUCUGACGGUGAGCGAGCAGCUGACGGGGUCACACGCCGCCGGGAUCAACUCCAUCCUUCCUAAAGAACACGGCAGCCAGUUCUUCUACCUUCCCAUCAUCAAACACAGUGACGACGAGGUGUGUGUGACGUGCUCAUGGGAUUCGUCGAUUCACGACUCCAUCUACCUGAAUCGCGUGACGUCGCCCGGCGAGCGCAUCUACCUGAUCAUUAAAGCCACGGUGCAGCUCAGUCACCCGGCCAGCAUGGAGCUCGUCCUGCGCAAAAGGAUCGCCGUCAACAUCUACAACAAACAGAGCUUUACACAGAGUCUGAAGAGGAGAAUGUCUCUGAGGAACAUGCUGCACUCCUGUGGAGUUACAUAUGAAAUUGUCUCCAACAUACCAAAGGCGUCUGAGGAGUCAGAGGAGAGGGAGACGCUGGCAUUAAUGGCAGCUCGCAGUGAAUCCGAUGAGACACAGGAUGGAGAGACGUACAUCGAGAAGUACACCAGAGGAGUUCUGGAGGUGGCGAAUAUUCUGUGUCUUGAGAGACUGCGACAAGCGGUGACAGUGAAAGAAGCGCUCUCAGUUAAAAGUAGACACAUACGGAGAAGCCUAAGCACCCCCAACGUCCAGCAUACCUCGUGUUGUAGGUCAGAUGUGAUCACGUGUGGAGAAGACGGAGAAGACCCAAAAGGUCACUGUGAGCUUCAGCAGGACUUCUCAUCGGACUGUGCUCAUCAUGAUAUGGCGGUUUCCAUGGCAACCACAAAAGACACGCCUCUCAAAACCAAGGAGAAUGCAGAGUCCCCCACGUUCUUCAUCUCAAGUCCGUUUAAAGUUCUCUCACCUCAGCCGCCAAAGUUCCUCAAGUCCCUGAUGCCUGUUCGGGAGGAGAGCAACGUCACACGUGUGCUGGAGGCUCGGCCUCUACUGGGGCAGGAGAGCAUGCGCUGGUUAGUGGCUCGUGGUGGACCCUGGCUCCGCCCACGGGCUCGGAGUGAGGGUCACUGCAGCACGACAAACCACACCCACCCCAGAGUCACACCUACACACACUGCUGAUUCGGAGGAGGAGGAGCCUGAGCUGGAGCGCUCUGCCGUUCCCGCCUCGGUGUCUCUCCGUCAUUUCCGGACGUACAUCCCUGAAGACUUUGCCAACUUUGAGGUGUACAACGCGAGCCUGUGCGGGGGCGGAGACUCGUUGUCGGGCGUGGCCUCGCCGCCUGGAAACCGAGUGGUGGAGAAGGAAGUGUCCCGCAGUCCCACGGUGAGCAGCGGGUAUUUCUCGCACAGCACCUCCAACGCCACACUUUCCGACGCUCCGUUCUCAGGCAGCGAGAGCUCGGACCGUCUCAGCGUCGGCUCCAGGGACGCCCCCGAGCUCCAAGAGCACACCAGGAACCCCCUGAGCUCUAAAAGUGCCUUAACAGAAGCCGAUUCUGCUCACAUCCACUCUUCGAGCACCAGUCAGGAGUUCACGGACUUCAAAGGAGCCGGGGACGAACUGCUAGACGACGAACUUAAGCACUUUGACUGGCAUGUGGAAGCGGAACGUGCCAAGAUUUCCCCCAGACGUCCGGCAGACGUGAACGCUAACAGCGUCCACCUUCACAACGGUGCCCAGGGGCCGUCUUCUCCUUCGUCCUCGCCGGGAACCGACACUCAACCUGCUGAAGCAGGAGACGUGGCACAAAGGAAUGGAACCGGAGUUAGCCCCGCCCCCUCGAAUGAGGACAAAGAAGGUGUCCCGGUGACCCAGCUGCCUGAUUGGAUGGCACCUGGGGAGCAGGUGUGGGUUGGCACAAGGAGCGGAACGGUGCACUAUGUGGGCGGAGUCGAGUUUGCGCAGGGCAUCUGGGUAGGAGUGGAGCUGCACUGUGCUGGAGGAGGUGAACACGACGGCACUGUGCAGGGUCGUGUGUAUUUCCGCUGCGCCACGGGUCACGGCGUGUUUGUGCGUCCGGCGUGGCUCAGCAGAUCGCCCGUCUCCGUGGACGCAGACCCACAGCUCCAGCCUGUCCUGCUGUAGGGAAGACAUGCCCCACUUAUUAUGGGAUGGAUGUGGUUCGGUGGCGUUACUCUUUCAUGUUCUAGUCGUUUUUUUUCAGGAUAAAACAGAGCUUCCUUUAUAACACGGGGACGAUCCAAACACUAUAGUGUGCUAAAUAUAUCACAAUAUAGCAUAUAACUGAUUAUCGGCACAUACCUAACGUAGUCUCUCUUUCUUUUUCUCUCUUUCUUUUACCUGUGUAUAUUUUUUGAGACUAUGGAACUAUUUAAAGAAAAAAGAACGAUCCCUUUUUUGAAUGUUAAAUGCAAAGUUGCACAAAUUCUUCUUUACAAUAUAUUAUAUAUUGAUUUUUUUUUGUUUGUUUUUAAGCUCAAGCGUAACUUCCAGCCAGCUUCCGUGUUUUUUUAUCUUAAAUUUGACCACUUGGACUGAACACGGCUCAGACUCGAGGCUGAAAUCGGGGAAAAUCAGCUGAAGUGGAGAGAAAGUACUACUGUUUAUUCAUGGGAUUAUAUCAGGUGUUACCAAAGACGCUUCUGAUGUGCUGUUACAACUGAAACCUUUUGUGUUAUUAUCGUGUGUGUGUGUGUGUGUGUGUUAGACAUGAGCCAAUGUUAUUGUAAUAAUCCUCCCAUGUUUUAUUAUUUUUUACUAAAUAUAAAUUGUACUUUGGAUUAAAAGAGGCGUGGCCACACGUGAGUAUGACAUAACCCUACCACGUGCUAACUCUUGAACACGUUUGAACGCAUCUCACACUUCUCUGACGUUUACACGAUCUAUAUCGUAUUACUGAAUGCUUCCUGAGAAUUAAUUCCUGUGGAUGAUUCAGGAUUUUUAUUAUUUUUAAUCUAAAAAAGAGGUCAGAGUCUGAAUCGCUUUGAUGUUCCUCUCUCUCUCUUUGACAGUGACUGAAGUUUUAGUAAUCCUGAUCGGUGCCCCCUAGUGACCGGCAUGUUUAGUGGAGAUUUUUUAUUAUUAUUAUAAUCUUAUACACAUGUAUAAUGCAUAGUGUAUCUGCUGUAUCUAAACUCACAGGAGCAUCGGACAUUCUGAAGCAUCCGUAAUGAUCAAGAAUAUAUAAUUGGCUCAGGUCUAGCGUGUGUGUGCGUGUGUGUGUGUGUGUGUGUGUGUGUGUGUGUGUGUGUGAGACUAAUUGUCACUUAAGUGCCAUAUCUUUGGUUUAGACGCCUCACCACACUUUUCCAAUCGCAGUAAGAAGUCUGUAACAGGAAGUCGCCUUGUUUUCUGUACUGUAUCUGUGUAAAGAACUUUAUUUGGGAAACUUUUGCCUGAACGCUUGCACUGGAGAGACGUGUCCUGAAUGCACAGAGGUCUCCAUGUAUAUAUUUAUAUAAUAUGGAGAGAGAGAGAGAGAGAGAGAGAGAGAGCUGCAGAUCGGACGCAUAAAAAGCACCUUGGUUAACGGCUUGUUCUGUAACACAGGGCGAGCUCGGACUUCAUCACGGACGCAAUGCCGACGCCGUUCGACUCGUCAGUCCACUUCGGUCGUGACGCUUUGUCUUUCUUUUUUUGACUAAUGAGUAAUAUUUUCUUACUUUGUAACAAGCCUGUGCUGAAAUGCAUUUUUUUUUUAUAAAGGGUUUCUUUAUCACUGUUUGCUGAUAUAUAAAUAUAGAAAUCUCUCGCGUUACAGAGCUGCCUUCCAAUUACAAACAAAAAAACCCAAACUGAUGUAAUGACAUUGCAAUAACAACACUGUGUGUUAAAUAUCACGAUCAGAUCCAACUGAUAAUCAGCACAUGCCUUGGGUUUUUUAUACUCAUGCAACUAAAUGAAUAGAUAGAUAUAUAUAUUUUUAAAAGCUGAACAGGCUGACGGAAGGCGGACGCGUUCCGGCCUCGAAUGGCCUCGGGGAGCUAAAAGCUGAAGAGCUGUGGUGUGUGUGGUGUGUUUUAAUGCUGUAACUGUAUGUGUGUGUGUGUAUGUGGAUAAAUGACAACCCCAAGCCCUUACUCUGAAAGACAAGCUGCUCUCCUUCACCAGGACUUGUACAUAGAGCUGUGUUUGAACCUAUAUAAUGAUGUACAGAGCUGUAUUUAUAUUGUAUCAAGACAAAAAAAAUGGGUACAAAAAUCUAGAAUACAGAAUACGUUUACAGUUUGA